AAUGACAAACAUCAAUAUUAGUUUGAUGAGAAAUGAUCCUAAAUAAGACCAAAAUUGCACCGAUAUACACUGAAUAGGACCGAUUACUUUUAAACUCCUAAAUAAGAGUAUAUUUUCCGUAUCUUCCACUUUUGACCCCUGCACUUAUAUCACCGUGUCUUGUACUCUUGUCUUAAUUUCUCUAUUACAUACCUGCGGACAAACUGCAAGGCCCAACGAACUCCGAUCAACCUCUCCAAUAAGCAAUACCCCCAUAGAUCCAUAAGAAGAUGGGCAUUUUGGUGCAAAUCGGGAAGAAGAUGGCAGCGGCGCACAGUGACUUAGAGACGUUGUACAGCGUCAGCGACGGUGAACGGCGUCAGCGCCGAUAGACGGCGGCACGACGUCAGUGUUAUCGGUGGACGGCGGCAGAAAUCCCUCCCCCUCUUACUCCUCUUUUCCUUCUCUUCCACCUUGUUCUUCUCUUCUCCUACUCUAUUCCGUCGAUCCGGUUCCUUCUUUAUCUGAUAUGAUCCGGUUUUGUGGCUUGCCCCAUCCUUUCUCUCGCUUCUACUUCCUGCUAUUUUUUUCUUCCAUAGUGUUUGCUUGUUCACUGUUCAUUUAUUUGGCAUCAAUUUAUUCGCUGCUCUUGUUUUGCCUUUUGCCUGGCUGCUUGAUUUUCUAAUGUUUUUGCUUUAUUUCUUUCGUAUAUACUAUCCUCCGUUUCUUGUUAAUCGCAACAUGUUGAAUUUUACACUAUUCACGUGUUCUAUUUUGACUACAUUUUACGGAAUUAUUUUACGAAAAUUAUUUUUCAAAAAAGAUAUUGUUCAAUUCAUCUCAUUACAAAUUUUCAAAAUCUGAUUUUUAAUUAUUUUUAACUAAUAGAUAUUAAGAUAUAAUUACGGUCAAAGAUGUGUGUUGGCAAGUGUGAAAUGUUGACCGUUGCAACUAAAAAAGAACGGAGGAAGUAUGUUUUUAUUUUCGCAGAUCUUACUCAUUGUUUUUUUGCCUUUUUUGGAGCUAGUUUGUUUUGAUUUGUUGUUUUCUUUUCAAAUUUAUUAUUCAAAUACUCCGUACUACGUAUUAUUUAUUUUUUCCUUUCCAAAUUUUUCUACAGGAAGCAUAGUUGGAGUAUUACAACUGCAGAGUGGGCUUGGAAGUUGGAAGUACUCUGAGAGUCCUCAUAGUGCUUUACAGUCUCUUGGAUUUGGUGCCAUUUAUUGUUGGAUGUUUGGGCAUGGAAUUAGAAGCCAGCACCGGAUGUACAAGCUUAAGAUUAUUCAUUUUUUUCUCUUGGGUUCCAUGAUGUGGUUUUGGAAGUUUCUGAUGCUGUAAAGUUGAUUUGAAUUUCUAAUGUGUGAACUAGAAUGCUGCUAAUAUGUGUUUUUUUGUUUUGGAAGUGUCAAUAAAAUAGACAAUGUUAUUUUAUAUUUUGAAUAAUGGCUGUUUUCUUGACAUUGCCAAUGACAAUGUCAAUAGAAUAGACAAUGCCACAUUCUUACUAAUGACAAUGUUAUAAAUUGUGUUAA